AGCAACCGCUGUAUGCUUAUGAGUUAUAUGGUGAGUAUAUCAAAUGAUUAUGAUGUUGGCUUGAUGGGCAGGGUUCAAUAAAAGUUAAUCGUCAUCUGUUUUAAUCGCUAUGCCCAACAUGCACGACAUAGAACUAUAACGUUAGAGAUAAAGCGAAGAAAAAUCAAACGAGCUGAUACUGGUGAAAAUGAGUGACCGUUUACCCCAAAAUCGCCAAAAAUUGUCACUGUUCAUCUCUUUCAAAGCCCCUCCAUCAUUACUAUCAACAUUAAUAGCAAUUGAUACAAAAAGAAGAAAAGAUUGAUUAGAGAUGUCAGCCCUCAACUUUAUUUUUGCAGCUCACGGACUCAUCCAAGCUGCUUUAGCCAUCCAACUUAUCUUUUUACCAUACCUUACGAAUACUAUCUUUCCUGGACAGACGUUUGACUCCACCCACAUAUUCCUUUUAAGGCUUUACGGUGCAGGUUUAGCCUCCAUCGCCUCUAUUAGUUUAUUAUGUCGUGAAAUGCCAAAUAUGUUGCCAUGUAAAAGAGGAGCAGCCGCUGGUUUCUUAACUUUCCAUAUGAUCAUGACUUUGAUCAUUUUCCAAUCGCGCAAUGAUGGACCAUUGAGUGUCAAAGCAAGCUGGGCUCUAUCCGUUUUCCAUGGUCUACAAGCAUUUGUUUUAUAUUCAUGGUAUACAGCAACAGGUAGUCAAGUAAAGGCUUUUUUGAAGCAAGGCCAACGUCAACAAUCACAAGGACAUACACUUAACAACAACAGAAAACGAAAUUAAUGUAAAAUAAAAGGGUUUCUGCUACUCGCUGUAUUUCAACUAACCUUUAUAUUGGACUUGCCGAAAUAGUCGGACUAGACCAAAAGUUGUAAAUGUGUUACAUA